CCCCCGGGGCCGAUGCGCAGACUGAAUGCGCAGUGAAUAACAUCAUUGAUGGGUGCCUAGACCGACACAACAUUAGCUGCUGCUUGUUAUUGUGAUAGAGAACCAUCAAGAUCUCGAAAUGGCCUCGAGUGAAACCACCACGGAUGACUCCCUGUACCCCAUCGCCGUCCUCAUAGACGAGCUGAGGAACGAAGAUGUCCAGCUACGAUUGAACUCCAUUAAGAAGUUAUCCACAAUUGCCCUGGCACUGGGUGUUGAGCGAACUCGAAGUGAACUUAUCCCUUUCCUUACCGACACUAUAUACGAUGAAGAUGAAGUGUUGUUAGCCUUGGCUGAGCAACUAGGCACCUUUACCCCUUUAGUUGGAGGCCCAGAAUAUGUACAUUGUCUUUUGCCGCCACUCGAGUCUUUGGCCACCGUUGAAGAAACUGUUGUUCGUGACAAAGCUGUAGAAUCCUUACGAAGGAUUUGUGAAGAACACAACAAUGAAGACCUUGAAACACAUUUUGUACCACUUGUUAAAAGAUUGGCAGUUGGUGAUUGGUUCACAUCAAGAACAUCUGCCUGUGGUCUUUUCUCCGUGUGCUACACAAGGUUAUCUAUAGCCACCAAAGCUGAGUUACGGUCACAUUUUAGAUCGUUGUGCCAAGAUGAUACACCAAUGGUUCGUCGAGCUGCAGCUUCAAAAUUGGGAGAGUUUGCCAAAGUUGUGGAGGUGGAAUAUUUGAAGUCAGAUCUCAUCCCAAUGUUUGUUGCCCUUGCUCAGGAUGAACAGGACUCUGUCCGUUUGCUUGCUGUGGAAGCUUGUGUUAGUAUGGCUGGGCUCCUGCAGCAGGAGGACACAGAGUUGCUUGUAAUGCCUACCUUAAGACAAGCUGCAGAAGACAAAUCUUGGAGGGUUCGUUAUAUGGUGGCAGACCGUUUUAUUGAUCUACAGAAAGCGGUUGGUCCGGAAAUUACAAAAACAGAUCUUGUUCCUGCAUUCCAAAGUCUUUUAAAAGAUGUUGAGGCUGAAGUUCGGGCAGCUGCAGCUGGAAAAGUCAGAGAUUUCUGCCAAAAUCUUGAUACAUCAGUUCAAGAAUCUGUUAUUAUGAAUAAUAUUUUAACUUGUAUUAAGGAACUAGUAAAUGAUGGUAACCAACAUGUGAAGUCAGCUCUAGCAGGAGUGAUUAUGGGUUUGUCUCCAAUUUUAGGAAAAGAUAACACCAUCAACCAUCUUUUGCCCCUCUUCCUUUCAAUGCUCAAAGAUGAGUGCCCAGAAGUGAGACUGAACAUCAUCUCAAACUUAGAUUGUGUUAAUGAAGUCAUUGGUAUCCAGCAGCUGUCCCAGUCCCUAUUACCAGCAAUUGUAGAAUUAGCAGAGGACACAAAAUGGCGUGUUCGGUUGGCCAUAAUUGAAUACAUGCCCCUAUUAGCAGGCCAGUUAGGUGUCGAUUUUUUCAAUCAGUCCCUUGCAAAACUUUGUAUGACUUGGCUUGUGGAUCAUGUAUAUGCAAUCCGGGAAGCUGCUACCAACAACCUUCGUAAAUUAGUGGAGCUGUUUGGGUCUGACUGGGCCUCGCAACACGUUUUACCGAAGAUCAAUGCCAUGUCCAGGGAUGGAAACUACCUUCAUCGUAUGACUUGCCUUCAUUGUAUAAAUGUGAUAGCAGAGGUAUGUGGAAAGGAUGUAACAACCAAGACUCUUCUUCCUACUGUUUUAGCCAUGGCAGCCGAUAACGUACCAAAUGUGAGGUUUAAUGUUGCUAAAUGCCUUCGAGUAGUAGGUCCUCAUAUAGAAAAGAGUAAAGCCCUCCAUGCACAAGUAAAGCCAGUUUUGGAACGUCUAAAUGAUGACCCAGAUACAGAUGUUAAAUACUUUGCUGCAGAGGCAAUGGAAGAAAAUGGUCUAAUCUAAAUGGCCUUGUAUUUUCUAGCCUAUGGCUAAGAAAAAGUUGCUGCUGUAGUAUCUUCUGCAAUGACGCCAAUGUUUGCAGCCGCGUAAAGCAGUACAAAUACAUCUAUGCGAGGCACAACUGGACAUCCUAAAAUGAUCAAUAGAUGAGAAAAUUAUAAUUUUAAGUAAAUGGCCUUUGACAAAUGUGUUAUGUUAAUGGUGGUGCUGAUUUGCCACUGAUUACUUUUGUUAUAGAAAUUCUAGAGGUAAACCUAUUAAUAGUUUGUAUCAUAACUUCAGUCUUUCAAUUCAUCUGCUACAGUAGGCCAAGAAUACUUUUCAUUUUAAGAACUAAUGUAGGCUUGAAGAACUAAGAGGUUCUCAAGGCUUAAGUACUAUAUGCAUAGGUGUAACAUUUGAGUGUUUGUAAAGAUACUGACUCUUUGCAUACUGGUAUGUUUAAAAGGAGUCUCUCUCUCUCUCUCUCUCUCUCUCUCUCUCUCUCUCUCUCUCUCUCUCUCUCUCUCUCUCUCUCUCUCUCUCUCUCUCUCUCUC